CAGAGAUACUAGUACCGCGCGUCUCAUCAUCGUCGUCCUCGAUCCACGAUGUCCUCGACUCAUGAGCCAUCCGGCGACGAUCCACUUCGUCCCUCUGCUAAAGAGGCUUCAGCAGUCUUGAAGAAAUCACAGCGUCACUGGGGCGCGCUUCUUGCCUGUGCACGCGCUGCCAACAGCCUUCCCUCUUCCUGCGCCAACAUCCACAGCCUCCUACACAAGACUCCUGCUAUACCGGCCGCCGAUGUGGAUGUCGAGGAGAUAGUCGACAGCAACAAAGAGUCACUCGAUCUUGUAGGCUAUUCUGUCUGGGGUCUCGGAUCCACAAAAUGCGACCUUUCGAACGAGACGAAAAGUUCUCGUGCUGUUGAAGUACAGAUAGGGACGUCUGAGCCCCAGUUCUGCACUCUUUCCACCGAAGCCACCUUACAAUGGACUGGAUUCCAAGGCUUUCGUGCCCAGGGAAAAACAGGCAACUAUCUUUGCGCGUUCGUCCUUGGCUGGUCUUAUGUUCUUUCCGCGCGUUUGGUCGAACUCCGCAGGAAGUCUGGGGAUGACAGAAUCACCUACACCGAAGCCCAGGCUCCGUUGAUCACGGGCGAACAGCCGUUCUUCGAGGGCGAUGGAGCCGCCAUAUCGGUUGGGAAAGCCGACCGAGGAGCAUGCCGGUGGUGGGCGGCCAUCCUUGCCGGUGGAUGCGGUUGGAAGGCUGUCCUUCAUCGCUCGGGACAUGAUUUCCAUGCACCAUGGGCGUGCCACCUGAAAUUCAACAACGACGGGCAGAUCAAGAUUUACCAUUCGCCGUCUACCGACAAUUCAUCCUUCGCUACAGCCAACCCCCCGUCUUCCGGGCAAGCCUUACAAUACCUCAUCGAUUUCGCCAAACUGCACGAUGCCGUCGAUCAACUCCUGGCAGGAUUUUCUGGGGCUUUAACGCUGCCCCCAAGGCAAAGAUGCCAGGCUCCUGUGGUACUGCCCCGGCUCCGGGCGGCUCUUUCCAGGAAGGAAAGGCCACGCUCCACAUUGACCAGACUUCUACCCUCUACCGUCGAUCUUCCUCACUUCAUGGCCUUCAGCUGUUUCGAUAGCGCCGUGUUCUCCUGCAUGGGAAGCUCUCUUUGGCAGCCUGGGAUAGCCUGUAACGUCGUCGGCCAGUGGCUUUGCCCUGUUUUGGAACAUAUGGUGCCGGAUCUACUACGUGAAAAGAGCAGCCAUAUUAUCGUUCACAUGAUGGCUAUGCGUCGGCCGAAUGUUGCCCCCCUCUGGCUGGGCUCGGCAAUAACAGGCCUGUUGUCAACAUUUUCGAAAGAUCUCGGUGGUUAUGGUGCACCUAUCCUUCUAGAGACGGUGGAAUGGGCGAAGUCGCCACAGUCAUUUAUGGACCCUCGGUACCACAGAAAAGCCCCCGUCAAAGCCGAGAAGGGUCAGAAGUACGUUCGUCGUGAAGAUGAAAUACGUUUGCUCUACAUCAGCAACAGACAAUCGUCCCAGUACAAUCAUCUCCCACAAGUACCCUGGCCACCCAUUGGGACGAGCCGUAUCAGAAGCACUUCUAUCGAGGUUCAGAAACAUGCCUUUUGUGGACAUACAUUUGCUUACAAGUAUUGGAUUUGGCAAGGCUGCCACGAGCGGACCGCAAAGGAUUAUGGGCUGUCACGAAAAGCCAACAUUUCGCCGUCAACCUCUGCUUGCCAUGUGAUACUUUUGCUAUCUAGCCUUUCUUCGAGGAUGAAUCUUUGGCGGCGCGCUUGCGGAUUUGUCGCUCGGCAGACUCACGAGCCCAUUUCUUGCGACGAAUAUUUAUCUGAAUACGCAACCUGCAAUAUCUUCGCUUACACCUUGAUUGACGGAGUCAAGCCAGAAGACUCGGAGUUAUGGAAACAUGAGUGGCUCGAAGGCAUGGUUGAUGACUGGUUUGAUGGGCCUAGUGAGGCAGCAUCACUCUCCUCUGCAUCGAUUUCACACUCCGUUACAAUUCCCACAGCAAAAAUGGCGUCCGACAGUAAUUGACAUAGUGUGAAUCGGAAAUGAGCUCUUUUCCCUUCCCUGUUGCCAGGAACAUAUCACCCGGACAGUGUGCGGCCAUUUACCAUGGAGUGCAGCAUUCUCCAGCCAGUCCUCUCCUGGCCCUGUUUUCUCUGGACCGCCUCCUGGAUGAUCCUGGCAUCCCGCGCAGAGACUGGGUUUGUUACGAGCUCCAAAGCACACCUUCCACUGUUUUCGGCAUCGGUGAGCUUUGCAAGUCCACUUCCUGUGCACCUCGUUACUAUGACGGCACACCUUGCAUGUGCCCGACCGACUGGAAGGCUUCGUGGACGGCUGGGCAAUGUCAAACACCGAAAACACCAACCAAGAGAUUGGAAGCUAUGGGAUCUUACCAUAUCACUGGCCUUCCUUGGAUCAGCCAACAGCUUGUGGGGAGCGCCUGUACUGCACUGGACAGGUAUGGACAAUAACGCUUAAGAGCUGACUGGCGCAGACGAGCGAUUGAGUGCUUUGUGUAGGUGCGGAUAUCUUUGAGAUAUUGUUGUUAUCCUUUCGGGAUGUAUAGUCCUUUAUUCGUGAGGUCCACGGCUGCAUGGUCCUUUUAUUAUCGGAUUAUCAGUCAUUCGGUGGCUAUGCAGGCGCCAGCAUGCGCAUCACCCAGUGACAACCGAAUAGCGACGGUCGGUGAAUCCCAUUGAUUGUUGAGAGUGAUAUGGCGGCGGUGGCAAGGGGCAGUCAUGCGGCACAGAGGCUGCUAGCCCUUGCAAUCCACCCCUACUCCGGUUUUAUGGUCGAACCGCACCUUUUCAAACUGACGGCUCGAAAGCGCCCCCGGGCUGUCAACGGCUGCGAUUGAAGUGGUUCGGCCAAUGUGAUCGCGCCAACGAGGCCGCCUUGAGUGGCUCUUGUGUGACCAUGCAGUAUGCAGACCACACGACCCAAAGCAUCACUUGGUUGUCCAUUUAGUUUUGAUCCUCGUGCUUACAGUCUCGAACGCCCGGCAGACACAGAAGAGCACUGCUGCCCAAGACAAGCCAUGGGUGUCUGCGAGGCUGGGACGCUUCCUCUUCAUAGUCUCCAAUCACCAUCACCUACUGCCAUGGCGAGAAUGUAUGAGAGCGGUCGGUCCUCAGACGAUUGUAUCAAGAGCGACACAUAUCACUACCAAAUGCAAGCCACGCCAUGAUUCAGCUGGAGGCACACGGCUAUGCCGCACAGGAUGACAUCGUUAAAUAUGGCUUAGUGGCGUACAGCUUGAGUGUAGUUGUAGCCUUGCCAGGCAGAACGGACCCUUCAAUGUGGUAACAUGUGUACUUUUACAGGGUGUGUUUGUCUGACAGGAAUCGAGAUCAUCUUUUGCGCUCAAUCAGGACGUCAGAACGUCAGACAGAUCAACUAUUGAACUUUAGCCACCAAUGCUAGACUCGGAGUAGCGCCUACUAUAGAUUAUUAUUUGU